AUGAAUUUUUGGGUCAGAUUUGGGUCAAACCCGAAACUGAUCCACCUUCAACUAGCCCGACCCUCUAACCCGGUUGAAGGCGAGUGGUUGAGCGAGCGUGCUGCACAGGUGGUCGAGCUGGCGAGCGGAGCGGGUGACUCAGUGCAUAAGCAGUCGAACGAACAAGCAGUUCUUGCAUUUUCUUUUAACAGGUGUUUGAAUUUUAUUAUUUUUGUACAAAUUUGUGAAUAUGUGGACAAUUCUUUGAUUAGUGUUAUCAAACAGUUUAUUCCAGGCAGUUCAUCAGAAGUGCUAAUCACAUCUGCUGACUCACGAAUCCGGGUCAUUGAUGGUAACAAUCUUGUAUACAAGUUCAAAGGGUUUCGCAACACAAGCAGUCAAAUUUGUGCCUACCCAACAACAACUGGCAAGCAUGUAAUCUGUGCUAGUGAGGACUCUAAUGUGUACAUAUGGAGAUAUGAUGCUGAUACACGUCCAAGUAGAAGCAAUAGUGUCUCUCAGUCCUACGAACAUUUUCACUGUCUGGGUGUCACAGUAGCAGUUCCCUGGCCUAACGCUAGCUCGAGGCUGGAAGGAAUUUCUUUGUCGUUAGAAGUCAAAGAAGAUAAUUGCAUUUGUAUAUCAAACCGUAAGAAUAACUCAGACAUGAUUGUGGAGGCCAGUGGUCAAUAUAGUUCCCUUUCCCCAGAAUUUAGGUACAUUGACCUAAACACCAGGUCUGGACCCUUUGGUGACAGGGUAUCAGGUACUUGGCCUAAAGAAAAGCUGAAUUCUUCCUCUGGCAAGAAUAGUGCUCAUAGCAGUGGUGAUCUUUCCAAUGGGGAUUCGGUGCUGCAGAGCAGAUUGGCUUGGGGAAUGGUAAUUGUAACUGCGAGCCGAGGAGGUGUGAUCAGAAUAUACCAAAAUUAUGGAUUACCUGUUCGUGUAUGAUCUCGGCUACUCGACAUCAGCCUUUUAUUUCAAUGGCAAUACCUCCUAUCUGCUUACUCUGCCAGUGGUGUAUUUGGAUAUAUGAAGUGGUUUUGGUUGAUCCAAAAUUCAACUAAUUUAUAAGAACCAUUAAGUCAGCUAAAUCACUCGAUUCAUUGGAACUUAGAACUUCUAGAUAUGCUGUGUACGCUAUAGAGCAUGGUGGAGGCCGAUUUGAAUUUGAUGCUGCUCUAGCCUGCGCGUUGAGAAACUAUUUAUUCUGCACUGUUGGGGUAACAUUUUUUUUUCUUUAGGGUUUUGUUCUUUGACAUAACCCAUUUACAUUUCUUCUUAUAUAUAUUUUUUCUCAAGUAAGAGGGCUAAAUAGAAAUCAUUGUAUAGCCUUAAAAGGUGUAGUGGAGCUUAGCCAAGUCGUUGCUUAAUUGCUUUUGUGCUAAGGUUUUUCUGGGAAGUGAGAGA